CAGCGAUAACAGCAAGAUCUAAAUAAAAGUAUAUAAAUAUAAAUUCGAUUAUUUUGCACUAGAAAUAACUUAAAUCUUCACAUCAAAAAAAAAAAUAAAUUUUACCAUGGAAUUAAUGAAAAUUGAAGAAAAUAUUUAUCAAAAAUGUGGUGAAAUAUUUUUGUCGGAUAAAACAAAUUACACAUUUCUAUGCUUCUUUUGCAAUGAAUUAUUGUAUGAAUUCAAUGAAUUCAAAACUCAUAGCUUGUUACAUUCGGAUGAAGUUGAAUCAAAUUCAGUCGAGUUAGAAUUAUCCCCAAAUAAUCCUAAAUUAAAACAGGAAGUUUCGAUUGAUGCCGAAGAUUACAAUGAAAUGGAGAAUGAUUUUUUAAACUCUGAAGCAGAAAAUGAUGAAGGCGUGAUAGGGGAAAGUGUAGAUAAUGAAAAAAAAAUUCUGGAAGCGAAUAUUUUGAAUGGAGAAACGCAAGAAAAUAAAACUAUACAAAUAGAUGAAGAUGAAAAUAUUUUUGAUAAAUCAAAUAUUGUAGCUUCUUGUUCAUAUUGUACAGCACCUGUAAAAGAUUUACAUACUUUAGAAGAAUGUUCAGUAGUAAAAGAAAUUAUAGAGAAAAAUAAAGGAGAUUUCAUAAGUUUAUUACGACUAGGAAUACUUUGCUGCUGCGAAUGUCAUCUAUGUUUUGAUACCUAUAAAAAAUUAUACGAACAUCACAAAGAUGAAAAACAUUGUAGUGAAAACAAUUUAUGUAAAAUUUGCAAAUUUCACGCUUUUAUGGAUUCAAAAAUGAAAAUAUGUAAAGAAAACCGUAAAAAAAUCAAACAAAAAAUGGGAACUGAAAUAAAUUCACAGAAUUAUAAUAACGAACCAACUACAAAAAGGGAUUUUCGAUUUAAAUGCUCAUAUUGCGAAAGAAUUUUCAGGACCAAUUGCCAACUGCAGUACCAUAUAAAAAUUCAUACGAAUGAUAGGCCAUAUAAAUGUGAAAAUUGUCCUGCUGCUUUUACAAUGGCGUCUUAUUUAAAAGCCCAUAAUAUAAAUAAACACACUGAAGAUAGACCGUUUUCUUGUGAAUUCGAAAAUUGUGACGCAAAAUUCAAAACUUUUCAUUUUAUGAAGCAACAUGAAAAAACACACGGAAAAGGAAGCUUUCAAUGUGAAAUGUGCGGUAAUUAUUACAAGACCAAAUUUUAUUUAAAGAGGCAUCAACGAAGUGCACAUGUUGAUCCGGAAUUUUGGCCGCAUCAAUGUGAAUUAUGUAAUAAGCGGUUCGCACAAUCAGAGUACUUAGUGGAACAUAUUCGUAUUCAUACAGGUGAAAAACCGUUUGGGUGCAAUAUGUGUCCAAAAUUCUUUAGGAAAAGAACAAGUUUAAGAGAACAUAAAAAACUGCAUAGCGAAGAAAGGAAGCACGUUUGUAAUAUAUGUGGAAAAGGUUUUAAACAGACUGCGGGAUAUUGGGGUCAUAUGAAGAGGCAUCCUAUUAUAAGCUAGUAAAAUAUUUAAUAUUUUUCUUUUUCUUACCAAA